CGCUGCUCCUGCUCCAUUGCAGCUAACUUUUCGUGCGUUUUCUUCCGCUAACAAGCAUAGUUCCUAAAUUUUCGUAUAUUUAACUAUACAUCGGUAACAGGAAAUGCGAUUAGAUAAAUGCGAGUCGCUUACGCACUAUUUGUAGAAAUUGUUCGGCUCUUUGCAGGUUUUGAGGUGAAAACGGCAGGAUUCUUGUUAGGCGUAUGAAAUUGGACACCACUUGCGUUGAGGUCCCUUUUCAUGCGGAUGGAUACGGUAUUGCUUCUGACAAUGUGGAUGGAUGUUGUUAAGAUGUCUUCUCGGAGGAUGAAAUGAACUCAGUUGUGGCAACAAAAAGGAUUACCAUAGAGUGAUAGUUUGGAUGCAAAGCGCUCUUUUUUAUUUUGUCGAAGUGCACUGCCUUGCGAGUCAAGGGAGGCUAUAAGAGAACAAAUUGUCGCGCUGAUACAUACUGCUUUUGAAGCCCUGUGGGCGAAAUUCACUUGGAAGUUUUAUGUCUUUUCCCUGCGAGCGUCAGUCUUUAUCUUUUUUUUACUGUUGGAUGCCAGACAUUUGAGGAAAAAAGAAAGGUUUGCUAGUGGCUAAGACCGGAUUGGCACGUACGAGCAGCAACAGAGAAUGGCUGCUGUGGGAACAGACAAGGAACUCAGUGACCUUCUGGAUUUCAGCGCGAUGUUUGCCCCACCUGUGGCUAAUGGGAAGAACAGGCCAACGACACUUGCCAGCAGCCAGUUUGGAGGAUCAAGUAUGGACGAGCGUGCUGGUUCCGGGUCCUGGCCCCCCGCAGAACAGAACAGCCCCUCCUUCAGCCAGGGACGGGGGUACGGCGAAGGGGCGCACUACAGCGAGCACGAGGGGCUGUCCACGGCGCCCUACCUCAGCUCAGGGAUCGGCGGUAAAAACGAAAGGGGCCCAUACUCAUCUUUUGGAGCUCAGCCCGGCUUCCUGUCAGGAGACAUGGCUAUGUCCAGCCCCGACGCUCUGUCUCCCUCAGGCCUGAAAUCUGGCUCCCAGUUCUACUCCCCAUAUCCAGGCAACGCGCGGAGGCGUCCUCCCGACGGCGGCAUCGAUGCUCAGCCAAAGAAGAGGAAGGUUCCUCCUGGCCUGCCGUCCUCGGUAUAUGCCUCGACGUCUGGGGACGAAUACAACAGGGACAAUACGGGGUACCCUGCCCCCAAGCCGGGGACCGUCUAUCCAAGCUCCUUCUACAUACCAGAGGGUCUGCAGCCCUCCUCAGAUCCCUGGGGCUCUUCUGGUCCACCUGGCCAGCUGGGGUACUCCCCGAUGCUGGGGAACUCGCCUCACAUCGCCCAGCCAGGGUCCUUCACUGCCAUUAACCCCCAAGACCGCAUGAGUUACCCUCUCCAUGGCAGCGAAGUGAACAGCAGCUUGCCCUCAGGCUUCCAUUCCAACCCGGGGGGGUACGGUGUGUCCAAUCACACCCCCCCCAUCAAUGGCGCAGACAGCAUAAUGGCCAGCAGAGGCACGACGACGGGGAGCUCCGGGGACGAGAUCGGCAAGGCUUUGGCUUCGAUCUACCCCUCCGACCACAACAGCAACAACUUCUCCUCCACCCCGUCCACUCCAGUGGGUUCCCCUCAGGCUGUUGCAGCGGCUGGAUCUCAGUGGCCCCGGACCCCUGCGCAGACCCUCUCGCCCAGCUACGAGGGCGGCCUGCACACGCUGAACAAGAUGGAGGACCGGCUAGAGGAAGCCAUCCACGUGCUGCGCAGCCACGCUGUGGGCCAGCACUCGGACAUGCACAGCAUGCUUAGUGCCGUGUCCUCCGUGCACAACGGGGGCCUCGGGGGGCUGACGCCGGCCUUCUCCAGUGCCGGCCUGGCCCUGAGCAGCCGGCACCCCGCCAUGGGUGCCCACCACGAGGAUUCGGCAGGCCUCCCCCACAGCGGCAGUCUCCUGCAGAGUCACCAUGCCUCAGUCCCCACGCAGCCUGGAGGACAACCUGAAGGCUUUGCCAGCCUGCCCGGGGCCAUCGCUUGCUCCUCGAACUCCAGCAGCAACUCCGACAUCAAGAGGGAGGACAAGGAGGGCGACGAGAAUGCAUCCAUCGGAGACAAGUCUGAUGAUGAGAAGAAGGACUCCAAGGUCUCGCACUCGAGAACAAGUCAAGACGAGGAUGAUGAUGAAGACCUCCCGGCCGAGGUGAAGAUCGAGCGGGAGAAGGAGCGGCGGGUGGCCAACAAUGCGCGCGAGCGGCUGCGGGUGCGAGACAUCAACGAGGCCUUCAAGGAGCUGGGCCGAAUGUGCCAGCUGCACCUGAGCAACGACAAACCUCAGACCAAACUGCUCAUCCUGCACCAGGCCGUCAAUGUCAUCCUCAACCUGGAGCAGCAAGUGCGAGGUCAGACCCCCGGCCGGCCGUCGCCCACGUCCCUGUGCCGUUUCGCUCUGGAGCGGCUCCUGUACCUGGCCGGUGCCGCUCUGGAGCGGCUCCUGUACCUGGCCGGUGCCGCUCUGGAGCGGCUCCUGUACCUGGCCGGUGCCGCUAAUUAUUCCGGACUUCUGACUUUGAACAAAAAUCUGAUGCAGACCUUUGACCAAAAAGUUACACGACCCCUGACCCAAUGUGUGGAGGCUUCAGUUGACACGUGA